GACUGUCUCUGGACCGUGUGCUGUGGGCUGGGCCCCACCUUGCCACACUCUGAUGGUCCCUGGAGCACAUCCGGUUCCAGCCAGCUAGCCUUACCCCCCAGCAGCCCUGCUGGACUCACUGACCCCUUCUGAAGACAAAGGACUCCCCACCAGCAUCUCCUGUAUGCAGUUAUACUGGGUACAAUCAUGUCCCCCCAACAUUCAUGUUUACCCAGAGCCUUGGAAUGAAAGCUUACUUGGCAUUUGGGUCCUUACAGAUGUCAUCAGCCAAGACGUGACGGGGGAGACAGCCCUGCGAAGAUGGCGGCAGAGACUGGAGUGGCGCAUUCGCAAGCUGAACGUGGGGGUUGCCAACAGCCCCCAGCAAAGAUCCUUCCCUGGAGCCUUCGGAGGGGUCAGGCCCUGGCGACACCUCGGCGUGGCACUCCGGCCUCCAGCACUGAGGGCAUGCACUUCUGUCAUUGUGAGCCACCCCCACCCCUGCGCGCCUGGGGACUGACACUCCGUGAGUCCGGGGCGGACGUCGGCUGCUCAGAGGAAGCCCUCUGUUCUCCCCGCCCCUCGUCGAGUGUGGCUACCAGCUCAUCUGCCACUGCACUUCCCUGGGGCUGAGGGACAGGCCGUGCUGAGAUGUAGGUGCCCUGGACAGUCACCUUUCAGGUCCCCUGUAUCGUGUCACCUAACUAAAAGCCUGCACUGUUGGCAAUGUCUCCUGGAGGGCAGCACUUGGGGGUCCUCCUCGGGCGUCCAGUCUGCAGCGUGGGCCUGGGGGUGGGGGCCCGAGUGGGUGAAAUCUGUUCCUGGGCCCUUGUCCAGUGCCCGUGAGGCAAGGCAGCAGAGUGCGGGCAGUGGGGGUGCGGCUUGGUGCUGGGGAGGUUUUCUGGGGACCCAGAAGCCCUGAGCCCAUUGGCCAGGCUUCCUGGGAGACCGGGAGUGGAUUUGCAUCAAAAAGAACACUGGCUUCAUUGAAAUUCUCCUCCUGGUGAGUGGAACAAAACCACCAAGGAAAGGAAAGUUUUCAUUCUGAGCAACUGCACCACUGAGGAGCGUUGUGAGCUUCUAAAAAUAGAGAGGAAGCGGCUUUGCAGUAGCCUCUCCCCCGCCUGGUGCCUGCCCCUGCUGCCCACUCAAGGCCGGCCUCACGCAGCACGAGACUGAGCCCUCUCCGGCAGGUUCCCGAGGCGGACGCCACGCAGUUGCUGCACUGCAUGCAGCCACCCCCCAAGAACCCCAGCAUGCCGGAUAGCAGAGAGGUCCUGCAGGACGGCCAGCCGGACACAAGUCUGGGGACCACCCAGGAAAACUUGGGGACCGGCUCCCUGACUGGUGGGCACACACUCUCCAAAGAGUCCCUAAGCCACGUUCUCGACUUCCCGUCCCCAGAGAAGGCGAAGGAUGCUCCACCCAGCUCUCCAGAGGAGACGCUGUGGACGACCCGGGCGGACGGGAGGGUCCGCUUGCGCAUUGACCCUGGCUGCCCUCAGGCCUCCCAAACCGUGCAUCAGAUGUUCCUCCGGGCCAGGGACAAGUACGGGCACCUCCGUGCUCUGGGCUUCAAGCGCCGGGGCUCGUGGGAGCACAUCACAUACUCCCAGUACUACCUGCUGGCCCGCAAGGCUGCCAGAGGCUUCCUGAAGCUCGGCCUGGAGCCGGCGCACAGUGUGGCCAUCCUCGGUUUCAACUCCCCCGAGUGGUUCCUCUCGGCAGUGGGCACUGUGUUUGCAGGAGGCAUCGUCACCGGCAUCUACACGACCAGCUCCCCCGAGGCCUGCCAGUAUAUUGCCCUCGACUGCCGUGCCAAUGUCAUCGUGGUCGACACACAGAAGCAGCUGGAAAAGAUCUUGAAGAUCUGGAGAAGCCUGCCUCACCUGAAGGCAGUAGUGACCUACCGAGAACCCCCUGCGGAGAAGGUGGCCGGCGUGUACACGAUGGAGGAGCUCAUGGAGCUGGGGGAGCAGGUGCCCGAGGAGGACCUGGACGCCGUCAUCAACGCCCAGCAGCCCAGCCAGUGCUGCGUGCUCAUCUACACAUCCGGCACCACCGGCAGCCCCAAGGGUGUGAUGCUGAGUCAGGACAACAUCACGUGGACAGCACGGCACGGCAGCCAGGCCGGAGGCAUCCAGCUAUCAGAGGUGCAGCCGGAGGUGGUGGUCAGCUACCUGCCCCUCAGCCACAUCGCUGCCCAGAUCUACGACCUGUGGACAGGCCCCCAGUGGGGGGCCCAGGUCUGCUUUGCCGAGCCCGACGCCCUACAGGGGAGCCUGGUGGACUCGCUGCGGGAGGUGGAGCCCACGUCGCACAUGGGGGUGCCUCGGGUGUGGGAGAAGACCAUGGAGCGCAUCCAGGAGGCGGUGGCUCAGUCUGGCUUCAUCCGGCGCAAGAUGCUACUGUGGGCAAUGUCAGUGAUGUUGGAGCAGAACCUCACCUGCCCAGGCAGCGACCUGAAGCCCUUCACAGCCAGACUGGCAGAUUACCUGGUGCUGGCCAAGGUCCGCCAGGCACUGGGCUUAGCCAGGUGUCAGAAGUGCUUCUACGGAGCCGCCCCGAUGACUAUAGAGACACAGCACUUCUUCCUGGGCCUCGACAUCCGCCUGUACUCGUGCUACGGCCUCAGUGAGACCUCGGGCCCCCACUCCAUAUCCAGCCCCUGCAACUACCGGAUAGGCAGCUCCGGCAAGGUGCUGCCCGGCUGCCGGGCGAAGCUAGUGAACCAGGACGCGGAGGGCACCGGCGAGGUCUGCGUGUGGGGCCGCAACGUCUUCAUGGGCUACCUGAACAUGGAGGACAGGACGCGCGAGGCCAUCGACGCUGACGGCUGGCUGCACACCGGCGACCUCGGCCGCCUGGAUGCCGACGGCUUCCUCUACAUCACAGGACGGCUGAAAGAGCUCAUCGUCACGGCCGGCGGGGAGAACGUGCCCCCGGUGCCCAUCGAGGAGGCCGUGAAGGUGGAGCUGCCCAUCGUCAGCAGCGCCAUGCUGAUCGGGGACCAGAGGAAGUUCCUGUCCAUGCUGCUCACCUUGAAGUGCACUCUGGACCCGGACACCUCUGACCCAACCGACCAGCUGACCGAGCAAGCCGUGGAGUUCUGCCAGCGCGUGGGCAGCCACGCCACCACGGUGUCCGAGAUCGUGGGGAGCAAGGACGAGGCCGUGUACCGGGCCAUCGAAGAGGGCAUCCAGAGGGUGAACGGUCGGGCGGCCGCCCGACCCUACCACAUCCGCAAGUGGGCCGUUCUCGAGAGGGACUUCUCCAUCUCGGGCGGAGAGCUGGGUCCCACGAUGAAGCUGAAGCGGCUCACGGUUCUGGAGAAGUAUAAAGACAUCAUCGACUCCUUCUACCAAGAGCAAACUAAGUAACGGGAGGGCCUCCUCCUUCCUCCUGAAGCGACGGGCCUCCAGAGGGACCUGGUCCACGUCCUCUUCAGUCCGGGUGGAGGGACUCCUGGCAGGUCUGUUAGGUCUCGGGCCAGGUAUGGCCCAGCGUCUGCGUGCGCCAGGUCUCACGCCAACAGCGGCCAAUGAUUCCGAGCAGCUUCACGUGCGCGUAGUUUUGAGGCCGCCUUUCGUUCGGGUGACAGGAGACCAGCUCUGCUUCCAGAACCGAAGGGCUGACACUACAUGGCUUUAGUUCCAGGUAGAAUUUAUGGGCCAGGAGCUCACUGAGCAGCGCGCCAGCGGCAGGCUGUGUGGAGGGAGGGGAAGUCGGCUCGUGUUACUGCAGGUGCCACCGGGACAGUGGCUGUCACUCACUCACUCUGGAACGUGCCGGACGGGCCACCGGCCAGCCCACAGCCAGGCUGUCCCCAACCCGCGCCUCCUGACGUGCUGCUCCGUAGGACGGCUGCUGCUGGCUUGUAUUUAAUGCGUGAUCUGGAUAUUAAACUUUUUAAUGAAGGUCAACCAGUACGUGACUUUUCUUGUCGGUUGAGCAGGCGGGACCAGUGCCGAGUGGCGGGCGUUCACCUGCAGGGCUGUGCACCACAGGCUCGGGAGGGACCGUGGGCCCCGGGGAAGCAGAGGUGCCGCCCCUGCCUCCGAGCCCUGCCGCGGAGCAGCGGCUCCUAGCGCGGGGCUGAGCCCCGGACCCCGAGAGCACACGUCUCAGUCAGCUCCGGAAUUCUUUAUUAGUGUGAACACAAGAGGAAGUCACAAAUUUCAACAAAACAGAGGAAGCAACAGCUGAAACAGUGAAACACAUGUGAGAUUGCAAGUCUGGUUACAAGCCUUAAAAAGCACCCAGGCAGGGAUACCUGUCGUUAAGGUAUCCCGUGACCCGGGCCCAUUAAGCAGAGCCUCAGGUUUGUGUCGUUACACGAGGAGCAACGUGAGUUGCCUUUGGUUUGGGGCCAAAGGGUGCCUGUUCAGGAAAACAGUGACUCAGCACCUGAGGGCGAAGGAAAACCAUGCUGGGGGGAGCGGCGCCUGAGGGCCGAGCCCGAGCCCAGGUCCCUGCUGCUGGCUGUGACCCGGCUCAGGCGUCUGCUGUCUGCAACCUGGCCCCUCCCUGGGGGUGCUCUGGGGCAGGGAGGGCAGCCUCUGAAACACGGAAUUAAUAGUGUGGUCAGGCCCCUCAGCAGGACCGGCCGGAGGGGGACGCGUGCUGCAGAAGUGUGACCGCACGCAGGUCAGCUGCCACACCGGACUGUCGGGUGGGGCCUCCACGGCUGUUACCCAUGAUGCUUAGUGUGUCCAGUGAGAAGGAAGUUCGGCCCUUCGCUUCAUGAAAGGCUCAAGGUAACAAAAUAAUUCAAUGUAGCUGUGUCUUUGUAGCCACCGUAUCACUCUGUAUCUUAGUAACAGAAGUUACCUCUCGUAUUUCUUGGAUUUGAAGUCUUUAUUCAUAGUCAGUAAUUCAUAUAAAGGACAGAUCUGUGUUAGUUUUCCGUAUCAU